CAAAAAAUGCUCGAGAACGUUUUUACCGACGAAUUAAUGUGCGACAUUACGCACCGUGCUCACUUGUUUUUUGUCUUCGCCUGGUUCCACGCCAGCUUUGCCUUUGUUUUCCUUUGGGAGAAACUUGCUUCUUUCUUUGGUUCGGUCUGCGCCUUUCCUAGUAGUGGUGGCCCACCAUUGGGUAAUCCACAACCAGUGGAGAUUGGGGAGCUUUUCGUUCUCUGCAAUGGCAGAAUUACACCGGUCUCCCAGGCAAAAAAAAACUCGUUGGUGGCCUCUUCUUCUUCUGUGGUGUCGUCUUCUUCUGCUGUUGCUUCUCCUUCUGUUCUUGACUCGCCUGUCGCUGCUUCCUCUCCUGCUGUUGCUUGCUCUCCUGCUGUUGCUUCCUCUCCUGAAGCUGUCGCCUUUUCUUCUGUGUUUCUCUCCCCUUUUGCUUUGCCCUCUGUGACCUCCGAGGGUACUAAGCAGUCUUUCCUCCUUCGUUCGGCCCCUGUGACGUGCCAAACAAGUGAUAGACAGUGGCACUCCGUGGACUUUGCGCGUGUUGCGGGUUUGGCCUGCGUAAGUGGUGGUAGCUUGCCUACCAUCCGGCAACCCAUCAAAGAAGUUUCCUCUGGGGUUACCUUUGGCUUUGGUUGUGAAGCAAUAACCAAGGCUUUGCUUGCGACUGGUGCUGUUGCUACACCUGCUUUUGGUGGAGAUUGUAGUUCUUCCUUGUGCUCCCCUUUGGCCGUUGGUCAAGAUUUUUCACCUCUCGCUGUUUCUGGGGCUAUGUCCGGUACGUCGGCUCUUGCUGUGUCGGACAUGGAUGUCGACGACGUGGCUGUCCCUGUUUCUGGGGAGUCUGGCGUUUUGGGUGUGCCUGUGGGAUGUCCUCCUGUCUCUUUGGGACCUUGUACCUCUUCCGCCCCUGCGAACGAAGUGAUCUGUGGUGUUUCUGCGCCCCCUUGCGGUGUCAAUUUGGAGUCUGUUGCUGUCUCCUCCGUUGUUGUUGAGGGUGGUCCGGUUGGUGGUGUUUGCUCCGCUGGGGAGAAUGCUGGUUUGGUUGCGGCUCCCGUGGUUCCUGUUGUUGCUUUGCCCCGUCCGGUGGUUACCCCUCGUCGUCUUCGCUCCGGUUGUCGUCAAUCAGAGAUGUCUGCUGUAGGUGCUGUUCCUGUUGCAGCUACCGUUGCUGAUGCCCCUCUUUGUCCUCCUGCUUUUUCCUCUUCUCUUUGCGAGAACCAACAGAGUCGAGGUAAGCGACGAAAUGACGCUCCUCCUCCUCCAUCGACCGUUCGCGCUUGCUUUGUUCGUCCUUUGGGCGAUAGAAAGUUGUCUUUGUCCGGCUCUUCGGAUGUCAGUUCCUUGUCUGUUGCUCCGGUUGCUUCCGUCGGUUCCGUUUCCUCUUUUCCUGUUGUUGCUUCGGUCCCUUCCUUUGCCUCGUUCGGUGCUGUCGCUGCUGUUUCCUCUGCUGUUUCUGUUUCGGCUGUCUCCUCUGUCUCUGCUGUCCCUGUCGUUGAGGGACCUUCUAUCACUGUCUCUCCCGUACGCCCCAUGGCAAAGCCUCGCGUAGCUCAUUUCGAGAAGGCUAGGGAGAGAUUAGCGUUGAAGGCCCUCUUCGAUAGGGCAGAAAAAGAAGAAGAAGAAGAAGAGAAAAAAGAAAAGGAGAAGGAAGAAAAGCGCUCUUCUAUGUUUAGAAGAAAAUAA